UUUUUGAUUUAUACUGGAUUUUUGGUGUCUGCGGAGUAUCUUUUCCAACUGUGGGGCAUGCAAGCUCAGAUGUUCCCUGGGCAAAAAUAUGCUGAGUUGUCUUUCUACUUGGGUCUUCGAGUAUAUGAACCUGGAUUUUGGGGUAUAGAAUCAGGUCUACGAGGCAAGGUGCUGGUCGUUGCUGCCUGCACUCUGCAGUAUAAUGUAUUUCGUUGGCUAGAAAGAACACCUGGUUUAAAUAUCAUCAAAGGAAAAUAUGAAGAGCCGUGUCCACUAUUUGUCUCUGCAGAAGACACUACUGCAAGUGUUUCCAGUUCUAAUGGUGAAAAUCCAUCGUCGACUGAUCAUGCUUCUAAAUCAAUGAAACAAGGCGAGGCAACGAGUAACUCAUGGCCUUUCUUCUCUCCCCGUGAUAGUCAGGCAGCUGAUUUUUUGCACCCCAAAACUGGAGGCUCUGAAAGUGGCAGUACUAGGAGAUUUUCAUUUGGUCACUUUUGGGGAAGCAUCAAAGAGAGUCACAGGUGGAAUAGGAGGAGGAUUCUUGCAUUGAAGAAGGAGAGGUUUGAAACACAGAAGAAUCUGUUGAAAAUUUACUUGAAGUUUUGGAUAGAGAAUAUGUUUAAUCUCUAUGGCCUUGAGAUAAACAUGAUUGCACUGCUUCUUGCGAGUUUUGCUUUGCUGAAUGCCAUCUCCAUGGUAUAUAUUGCACUGCUUGCUGCAUGUGUCCUCUUGAGAAGACGCCUAAUUCAGAAACUAUGGCCUGUCGUUGUUUUUCUGUUUGCAUCAAUUCUCGCAAUUGAGUACGUUGCCACAUGGAAUAGCUUUUUGCCUUCAGAUCAGGCCCCAAUUGAAACUAGUGUGCAUUGCCAUGACUGCUGGAGUAUUGCA